UGUACACAUCUAACUGGUUCUCGGGUUAGUAAGCAGAAACAUACACAGUCAAGGACCCAAUGCACCAACACGAGAUUGAUUGAAUACAGAAUAGUUUCUUUUUAUUUGUAUUGACAAUUGUUAGCAGGGGGUUACUCUUACACUGAGUGAGUGUUUGAUGCUGUGACCUCGGACGGUAGUAGCCAGGACCCUUUUCUGUGCAGUAUAGACUGCAGAGAUGAAGUCCAAGAAGAAGAAGAGACAGGAUGACUUCCAGAAGGUCAAGCUAAAGGUGGGAAAGACGAAGCCCAAAGCUGACAAUGCCACCAACAUCAACUUCCGCUCAAAGGCAAUCCAUCUAACUGAACAGCUGAAGAGAGACACAAGUGGUCCCACCACACACAGGCAGCUUGGUAUCAAUGACCUCCUGUCUCAGCUCCACCAUUACAAUGCCAAUGUGAAACAUAGUGCCUUGUUGGGUUUGAGAGAGUUGCUGUCCCUUAAUCCUUCUCUGUUAGAACAGCAUCUCUCUCGCCUGCUUUCUGAAGUGGCAGCUGUUUUCACCGACAAGGAUGGCAAUGUUCGUGUGGCAGCUACACGUGUGCUCAGGUUUAUUGCACAGUCUGUGCCUGCAGAACGAGUGGCUCCAUUUUUCCCCCUCCUCAGUGCCCACCUGUCUUGUGCCAUGACCCACAUCGAGACAGGCAUCCAGGAGGACGCCAUGAAGGUCCUCGAUGUGUUGCUGGAACACUACCCUGCUCUGCUAGCAGCGAGGCCUGCAGUACUCCUCACUAACUUCCUGGAGUUGAUCUCUCACAGACAAAACAGCGGAGGAGCCAAAAAAGCCCAGGAUGCUAAGGGACGGACCUGGGCUCUUUCGGUCAAUCCUAGCAGGGCUGUGACUAGCCAGCAGUGGCGGCUCUCUGUGCUCCUCAGGCUUGGACGCUUUCUGCAGGCAGUAGUCGAGGAACGACCAGUGGAGGAAAGUGAUAUUUUUGUGCCAACUGAAGGAGUGUUUGGCUACAGUAGAGAGGACAGGCUUACACCUCUGUAUCUCAGCUGGGAAGAGCUCACCUACAGCAAGGUCGGAGUUAAGGUGUAUGAGUAUUCGGGGGCCAAACCAACUCCACGGUCCACCUUUAGACUCAGGCCAGAGGUGGAUCCUGGACCCGGAGAGGGUGAGGGUCUGGACUCAGCUGAGGCUGUUCAGAGUUUUGCAGCCACACUGGUGCCUCUUCUUUUAGAAGUGUGGGUAGAAGCCAGCACCAGUGACUGUCCCUGGAACAGCACUGAGGGCGCUCACCUGCUCUCCCCAGAUGCCAUGUCAGUAAUGUUCCAGGUGUUGUCUAUUCUACAGCUGCUGAGAAAACUGGCACCACAACAGGAGCACCGGGAUGCACUGGACGCAUGGUUCCAUAAAGAAUACCUGGGAGAAUUUAAGCAGCACUUCAUGAAAAACUUUCCCUAUGGUACUCGGGACACACCCAAACAUAAAAAGAAGGUUGAUCUCAAAAGGAGUAAGCAGACUGCAGCUGUUCCAGGACUGACUGUGGAGCCUCUGGCCUUAAACAUCACACUUUGUCAGGUCAUGGUGUCCCUCAGCCAGAGGCAGGGACUCGGCCGAGAAACGGAUGGAGACUGGCUGACACUUCUGAGGACGUUUGUCCGAGACACUCUGGGCAGCGGAGUGAAACUGAGCUACAGGCAGCUCCACAUGCUGCUGGGUACUGUGUGGAAGAUGGUGCUCACACAGAGGAGCAAAACAGUGACAGAGGACCUGUUGGCAGCGGUAUAUGUCUACUAUAAGCAGAGACACCUGACUCUACAGACACGAUCUCUGCUGCUGUCUUUCUACAGCAAGCUCUACCUGCAGGAGCAAGGACACACACACAUAGCGAGGAGUAAGGUGCUGUGUCGUUGGUUGGCAUCUCUUCCUGUGCAGUUGUCCCAGCUGGGCCACCGUAACCCUGCUCUCUCUGCGCGACUUAUCUUGUCCAUCCAGGCUGCCGCUUCUCGAGGAAACAAAGACCUGCUCAACAGUCUGCAGACACAAGCCUGCAGUCUCUACGAUCCACAGGAAGGAGUUGUGGUGCUGCUACCAGCAGAGUCUCAGCAACGAAUGGUGCAGCUGCUCUACUUCCUACCCAAAAUGUCCCAGUCUCUUCUGGCCAAUCUGAGCUGCUGCUGCACUGCUGGACGAAUCUCUGCUGGUCUCGCUGCCUCGCUGAUUCGUAUUAUACACCAUAGGUCAUCUCUGAGUGGCUGGUCAGUUGGGAGCCAGGAAGCUGCUCUGCAGGACGUGGACUACAUCAGCUUCCUGUUCUCCACCCUGACGGGCUUCUCGUCCGACAAGCUCGCCUCCCUGCAGGAGGCCGGCGACGAGAGCAACCUGCCUCCCUCCCCCCUCUCACCCCUCAGCCUCUACCUCACACCGCUGGAGCAGUUCACACACCACUGGGAUGUUGUUGAGGAAGUCUGCCACUGUCUGGAAACUCUGGGUUCGAAGUCUCAGUGCUUUGACAUCUUGCAAAAUGGCAUCUGCAAAUACCUGACCAAGUUAGGGGUGGUGCCCGACAGUAUGGCGGCCGGGCUGCUCAGAGCUGUAUCCAGAUUACUGGACCUGUCUGUUCUGCCCAUUGAGCCCGUGCUGCGCUUCCUGUCUCAGUGCUGCCUCAGCCUGCUGGCUCUGCUCAUCACCCUGCAGCAGGAGUUACCUGCCGAAACCAACCACAAAAGAGAGGCAAUAUGGGGUGCUUGUGUGUCAGCGUUAAGCACCGUUCCUCGCCUGCUGCGAAUGGUUCUGCAGUUGUUGCGAGUUGGAAAUCUGAGUGAGGAGGAGCUGCCACAGCUCGGACAGAUCUUGUCAAUGCUGUUGCAGCACACGCCCCUCCACAACCAGCUGCUGGCCAACGCUGCUUUGCUGCAAGAGAUCAUACAACACCUCACGAGGUAUUCACGGGGUUCGACCAGGGAGCAGUGGUUGACAGACUUGCUCUACUGUUACAGUGUCACCGUGGCUCACAGCUCUUCCGCUCGCCGUGGAAACCUGGGCCUUCGAGACAUGUACUGACCGACGUGCCCACCAGACCGGCACCUGGUGGGUUCGUUAGUUCACCCUCUCAAACAUCUUUCAACAGCUACUUUGACAGACAAAACACUCACAGUGCUCAGUAGCAAUGAGUACAUACAACACAGCUUUCAGGCAGGAAUAAGUGUUUUUUAUUGUGAGUGACAAUGGGGAAUACUCCACAUUCUUGUUUUAAGAGGUCCCGUUUUUUUCUGUGUCUUAAGCUGCCUCUCUCUCUGCUUCAUUCUUAGCCUGAUAAUUGUUUGUCCUUCCUUUUCGGAGUAUUGUUGUAUUGUCGGAGUAACGUUGGCCAGUGCUUACUGGGGCACCUGGCGAAUUUUGAAAAAAAAAAAACUAAAAAGGAAAAAAAAAAUAAUAAAGUGAAAUCCCGCUGCC